AUGUCCGGCUUAAAAAAGAGAAAUUCGAAUUCCUCUGCGAGAGAUGAGGAGGACAACCAGGUGACGGAAAAGAUGCUAGGAGAGAAUGGCAACUCGAAUGGGACUGACGGAUCGCCAGCCAAAACCGCCAGUGGUGUAGGUGGUGAAGAAACUGUUGUCUUACAAAAAACAAUAACUCUGAUCAACGGCAUUGGUAUCAUUGUCGGUACCAUCAUCGGCUCUGGCAUAUUUGUCACGCCGGCUGGUGUAGCCAAAGAAGCAGGGUCUCCCGGUGCAUCCUUGAUCGUGUGGGCUGUGUGUGGGGUGUUCUCCACCGUGGGUGCUCUCUGCUACGCUGAACUUGGGACAACCAUCACAAAAUCGGGCGGGGACUAUGCUUAUAUUUACGAAGUGUAUGGGUCUCUUCCCGCUUUCCUGAAAUUAUGGAUCGAGUUGCUGAUUAUUCGCCCGUCCUCCCAGUACAUCGUGGCAUAUGUUUUUGCCACUUACAUUCUGAAGCCCAUCUUUCCCGAGUGUCCUGUUCCGGAGGUGGGGGCGAAGUUAGUAGCAUGCUUGUGCAUAUUGUUGCUAACGGCGAUCAACUGCUACAGUGUGAAGGCUGCUACGCGAGUGCAGGACCUCUUCGCUGCCGCAAAGCUGCUGGCCCUCGGAAUGAUCAUUCUCAUCGGCUUUGUCCAGAUUGGCAAAGGUGAUGUGGACUCGUUGCUUCCAGAGAACUCCUUCCAAGGGACCAACACCAACGCAGGGAACCUGGGCCUGGCACUCUACAGCGGACUCUUUGCCUACGGGGGCUGGAACUACCUGAACUUUGUCACAGAGGAGAUGAUCGAUGCCCACAAGAACCUGCCGCGGGCCAUCAUCAUCUCGCUGCCCAUCGUGACGGCGGUGUACGUGCUGACCAACCUGGCCUACUUCACCACGCUCUCCAACGAGGAGAUCUUCAGCUCCGACGCCGUGGCAGUGGACUUUGGGAACUACCACCUCGGGCCCAUGGCAUGGCUGAUCCCAGUGUUUGUGGGUCUCUCCUGCUUCGGCUCCGUCAAUGGAUCCCUCUUCACAUCCUCAAGGUUGUUCUUCGUGGGUUCUCGUGAAGGCCACCUGCCCAGCCUGCUGUCUAUGAUCCAUCCCACCCUUCUCACCCCCCUGCCCUCGCUCCUUUUCACUUGUCUGAUGACGUUGCUGUACGCCUUCUCCAAUGACAUCUACUCGGUCAUCAACUUCUUCAGCUUCUUCAACUGGCUGUGCAUCGCCAUGGCCAUCGUGGGCAUGAUGUGGCUGCGCUACAAGAAGCCAGAGCUGGAGCGACCAAUCAAGGUGAACCUGUUGCUGCCCAUCACCUUCAUCGGGGCGUGCAUCUUCCUGAUCGUGGUGUCCAUCUGGCAGACGCCUAAGGAGUGUGCCAUUGGCUUUGGCAUCAUCGCCACCGGGGUGCCCGUAUACCUCAUCGGCGUCUACUGGCAGCAGAAACCCAAAUGGCUCCUUCAAGCCAUCUUCUCCUCCACGGUGCUGUGCCAGAAGAUGCUGGAGGUGGUCCCCCAGGAGUCCUGAAUAUGAGGAGGGGAGACCCCUCCGAGAAGACGACACUUCCACCAUCAACAUUUCCACCUUCUCCUCUACACAUUACACACACACACACACACACACACACACACACACACACACACACACACACACACACACACACACACACACACACACACACACACACACACACACACACACACGUACACAACACAAAAGACAAAUCCGCAGUGUUAUAUGUGAAGUAUGUUGCCGAAAAGUGACUUAAAGUCCCUUUAAAAUCACCAUGGCAAGCAAACAUCCACACUUUUUUUAAAGAAACACUCCCAUGGCAUAAUAUGAGGUUCAUUCCUGUAGUUGUUUUUAAUCAGGAAAAAGUUAGCACAUUAUUUUUUUGUGUGUGUUUGUGCUAUGGUGUUGAGUCAACUGUGUGCACUGUUGUGUAUAUGAGUAUGCGCAUGUGUGUGUGCUGCUGGGUCGAACCCAAUGGUGUGAUUUUUGCGUGUGUGUGUGUGUGUGUGCGUGUGUGCGUGUGUGCGUGCGUGCGUGUGUUGUGCUAGGUGUAACCCUACUGUGUGUGUGUGUGUUGUACUGCGUUGCGUGCGUACGUACGUGCGUGCUUGCGUGUGUGUUGUGCUGGGUGUAACCCUAGUGUGUGUGUGUGUGUAUUUGUGUGUGUGUGCGCGUGUGCGUGUGCGUGUGCGUGUGUGCGUGUGCGUGUGUGUGUUGUAGUUGUCCCUCUGCUGGGCCGCCACAUUCUCUAUGGGUCUUUGCUGCUAGGAAACACCAGAGCCGCCACAGUCAUUACACUCUUAACAGCCUCCUGACACCACACACACACACACACACACACACACACUUCAGUCUUAGUCGCUAAGGUCCUGAAAGAGGACGGACCAACAUGCUGUGCCUUUCUUUUUUUAUUUUGUUAGGGUGUAAAGUUAAUUCCCCUAUUUUGAUAAGAUCCUUAAGGCCACGCACUAGACCUAAUCUCCUCUCUCUUGCUGUUCAUCGUUACUGUUAUUGUCACUUUUCAUUCUAUCGUUAUUUUAUUUUAUUUGAAGAGUUGUGUGUGUGCAUGUGUCUUUGUGUUACUGAUAAUUUACAGAAUAUAAUGCUAACACUCUAGCAUGAGAAUAAUUCCUAAAGGAGAAGUUCAGUGUGAAUGAAUCCAUACACCUGUUGCAGAGUUCUGUUGAUGGGAAUAAGAACAAGAACAUUGAACCAAAUUGACUGAAUAAUGCAGCGGUAGCUAACACUAACUAAAUGGGGCAUAGAGACUUAAUGACGCUUACUUUAAUUUCCCUGUGCCCUAUUCAGAUCACAAGUCAGUCUUUGGUCUGUGUUAUACAUUCUCGUACAUAAACACUUUGUGACCUGAAACAAUCGGGACAAAUUUUUCACCAAACUUCUCCUUUAAGUGCUGCGUUAAUGGCUAACAAUAGAAUGCUAGUCAAUCAGAGUACAAAGUACAGUCGCUACAAAGUUUAACAAAUGUCUGAGUUAAAACUGUUCCA